UUUUUUCACAAAAUAUUCUAAAUUGUUUUUUCAACUUUUUUCGGCAGGGGUGUAGCGAGCGGAGGGAUGGUAGGAAGUGUGAUCCCCAAAUACUUCAUGAGUUUAUCAGCAUAUCUUCGGUUGGUCCUGAAAAUCCUUAUUCUGGCAGUAAAAUAAUCUAUCAGCAGCACCUUAAUUUUUUCUUCAUCUAUUUUUUCGUUGGUAAAUAUUACAAUUGAUGACACUCCCCAAGGCACGUUGGGCAUUUAACAGACUGAGGAGCUAAAACGUUUUGAUAAGGUAAACAUGCUAAAACCAAAAGGACAACAAUAUUUUGCUUGGUUUUAAGUACAUUUUUAGCACCCCCCUCAGCCCCCACUUCCACUGUCCCUGCCCUCCACCCCCUAGACUUGAAGGUCUUGCCACGCCACUGGCUAUUAAAUGCCACACACCACUGACUAUCCAUUAAAUUUGGUUUGUAUAAUUGUUUUUAUCUUUUGAAAAGGUUCCAUUAAGUAAUUCAUGCACCUUUUGUGUCAGUAUCCUUUGUUUGUUUCCCAUAUUUUGUGACUUUGUUUUUAUUAUGCAAUCAUGUUUUACUUUUUACAUGAGACUUUUUUUUAAGAAACAAGUACUUGAAAAACCCAAGAAAAGAAACCUAAGUACUUGAAGGAAAGGAAUUAAAUAACAAUUGUAAUUUGGAAUAUGGUAUAUUUUGAUAUAAAACUUUGGCUGAAUUUCGGUAUAAAACUUUGGAUAAAAAUAACAGCAGGUCUUCAAAAAUUCCACUGUGUUCAGAAACUGGAAUGCCAAUGUUAACCUGGUUUCUUUUAGGAAAGAAGUGUCUCUAUAGCUUCUUGUUUCAUGAAAGCUGUUGAAGUUUUCUCCCACCAAUGUGUCUUGAUUUUAACCGAGCAUGGAGCCUCAACUGAUGUUUGGGAUUGUAAUGAAUCCACACCCUUACACAUUGCUACUGUCAACAAAAAGCCACUGAUCAUUGCUGUUGUUAGUAAUGCACAUGGGAACAUCAACAUAAAAGACAAAAUGGGCUACACCCCUCUUCAUGUCGCAUCAGCUUUUGGAUACCUUGAAAUUGGCAAGCAACUCAUUGACUGUGGUGCAGAUGUCAAUUCUAGGGACAAUCAUGGAAGGACCCCACUGAUGGCAGCAUCAUGCGAAGGCACUCCUAAAAUGGUUCGACUUUUGCUUGAAAAUGGGGCUGAUCCGUCUUUGAAGGACCAGUUCGGUCAUACAGCUGUCUACUACUCUGUUCAAAACCAAUCAGAAUCUAUGUCAAAGAUUUUGAAGGAAGCUAUCGGACAAAGAACUUUUAAUACCCAGGAAACGAAUGUGUCAGAAGAGGUUGAAACGCUUCCCAAGAGCAAGAUUGCUAUACCAGACGCUGCUCGUGUUGCAAGUCCAGUUACUUUUUAUACACCAGAGCUAAAAGUUACCAAAAGAGACGCUGAUAGUGCGAGAAAACAUGAAUCGACAGAAAAAACCCCUGUUCUGGAGUCGUUGCAGAAAGUUGACUCUAUUGUUUCUUCAGAAGCAACGCCAUUUGUACCUGGGAGUGAGUUUGUUGUGAAUCAAGAAUCGUUUGGAAGUUUACAAAAAAGAGACAUUGUUGAUCAGAUCACACAACCAACAGAAGGAGAAACAAGAAACGAAACAAAGACCGAAAGCAUAGGAGAGAAGGAAAUAGAUAAAGAGUUCCCCAUUCUGCAAUGCAAGAGUGAAAACGAAACAGUGGCAGGAAAAGUGGAAACUGCAGAUUUUAAAUGUGAUUUUGUCGACGCAGAAACGCAAACGCAGGAAAUCUCCCCGAAUGAAAACUGUAAAAGGAACGAUGAAAUUGUUAAGCUACGGGAGCGGAACAAGGAGCUGCGAGAGACCAAUACCCGGUUAAGGAAGAAAUUGUCUGAAGUUUUGAAAGAAUCAGCAUAUGAUAGAGAAGAACACAAACAAAGCGUUGGUAAUGAGAAGGCUCGCUUGCAAUUUUUAAAUUUGAAAAAUCAAGGUAUCCUUGAAGAUAAAGUAAAGCAAUGCAUGAGACUGGAAGCAAAGCUACACGAGGCUCAUGACAUGUUACUGUUUGAAAUACAAAACACGAAGGAAGGGGCUGGUGUGGACCAGCUGUCAAAGGACAUCAUUAGGGGGAUGCAAAAAAGACUCAAGGCUUCUGAAGCCAAAAUCACACGGUUGACAAAGCAAAUGAAAGUGUCUAGGGAAGAGAAGAAUUUGUUAGCCACUGAGGUGGAGGUUCUACGAGGAGAAGUAAUAAUAUUGAAUGAUAUGGUCACAAAAGCAAGGAAGGAGCAAAGAUAUUUUGACGAAAUUGAUAAAGAUGCGUUCAGUGAUGAUCAUCAUGAUCCUGAUGGAAGGACAGAUUUACUUAAAGAAAGGAAUGAAGAAUUAGAAAACAGAAUAACUGAUAAUGAAGCCUUAUUAGAAAAUAUGAAUAAGUUAAGAAAAGAAAAUGCGAUGUUAAAGGAACAGCAUAUAUCUGACAAGCACGAAUAUCAGUCCAUAAAUUUUGAGCUGAAUGAUGCUAAAGAUCAAAUUAUGGCAUUGCAAUACCAAAUAGAGACAAUGAAUUUGGAUGCAGCGUGCAGCUCUAGAAACAAACAUAAGCUAUCCGUAGGGUCUGGAAAGUAUGUUGAGAGAGCUAAAAGCGACAGCACUGUUCACGGAUUUCGAACCUUUGACUCAACUUUUGACUUCUUUGAUAGCAAAUGAAAGUUAGCCCGAAUAUAAUGAUAUCAGAAAUGACUUUAAAAGUGUGUUUUCAAGGCCAUCAUUAAUGGGGGUGCGUGAGUAGUGUGACACCCCCUUUAAAAAAAUUCUGUUGCAAAAAGGUGGAGCCUUUUGUGGAUGCUUAGCCGGCAAACUUUUAAUUUGUCGUUCAAUAAUGGAACUCACCCGCUUUAGUACAUUAGUUGCUGACAGCCCUGUGUGUUUUACUGGACAAGGGGUGUCUGUAUUUGCUAGAAUUGCAAGGAAUCGAAUAAUUUUGUGUUUUCAAUUACUACCAAUUCCUAGACAUUUAAGUUCUAUAGAAAAGGCAACCAGGGUUAAUUUUCCUGGAUUGUUUCAAUGCUUUUAGUUUAAUGUUUCUGAAGGAAUCAAAGAGCGAAUUGUUACUUUUUGAUUCUGUACUACCAAGUCUUCAAAAUACCCGUUAUACACUAAGACAUUAAAAUUAAAAUAAUUAUAGACUGUUUUCCCCAUGCUACAUUUUUAUAUUUGAUAACUUCUUUGCUUACUGUCUAUAGUCCUGAGAUGAGAGUGGAAAACUAAGAAACUCUGUGCACUAUGUAAGACAGUGUAGCAUUAAAGUUAUAGGCCUAACUUUUCAAUGAUAUGUUCAUUCCUUUUCCUAGCAUGGCACUGUCUUUCAUUUUCUCUCAGCAAAUAUUAACUGUUUGGUUCUGUUUCCAAAAGAUGCCUUUUUAUCACAGUAAAAACAGACAGAACCAGCCUAUAUGGGUACAAUUGCAACUAAUUGUAUAUAUGUAGGCUGCAUUUCAAUGCAGUCCAGCUAUUAUUUAGCAACGAGUGCAAACAGGAUUUCCCUUAGCUUUGCUUCUUGCUACAUUAGACAGAGGCAAAGAUUUAUAUGAUUUAAAUAAGACGGUAUUGGCUUCUGGCACCACAAAUGCUACCUCAAAUGUUACUUAAGCUAAUUGUUUUAUUUCAAUAGAUACAAGGGACAUUUCACAUAUUUAAGGAUAUCAUAUCUAAUGGUUUGAAUAAUAUUUGUACAUUAGAAAGUAAUAUUAGACAAUAAUUUUAGAAAAACUUUGAAAUUGUGCUGUCAAAGGUAAAGUAUCCAGAACAAUUCCUUCAAUUCUAAUUUGUUAAAAAUGUUAACAUGAGUUUGUUGGCCCUCAUAAUGAAUGGAGAAUAACUUCUCAUAGAAAAUCCUCAAAAGAAUCAACCUUUUAAUUCUUAUUUCAUUAAAACAUUUAUGCAUGUUACCAGGAUAUUGCCAUCUAUCUAAAUUUUAAAUUCUCUGUUUAAAAUAGAUGCUACCUAUAGUCAACUCUGUUAGCAGCUACAAGAAACUCAUUUCUUUGGUCAGCAAGAACCAGUCCUACAGGUCCAACUUCACAAUCAGCACAGCAUAGGUACUUGAUGUUAUUAACAGCAUUUGUAAAUCCAAC